AUGGCGCUCUCAGUUGCAAUUUCACUCUCUCCAGACUCCAUGAGCAUGCCAGCCUCAGAGCCUUUGCUGCCUUCGGCACUACAAACCUUAGCGGAGCGCAAGGCUCUGGUUGAAGGGCAGAUUGCUGACUACGAUGGCAUGGCCUGGUUUCAGCGUGCCCUUUUCGACACCUCAGCUUUCCAGGCCCAUGCAGAUUGGAUGAAAGAGUGGAGACAGGAGUGGUCCGCGAAACUUCGACCACACUCCGCCAAGCACAGCACAUCCUCGAGUCUUCCCAAAGUCCGCGAGGAUGUUCAGGACGGAGAUGCAGGUGCAGAUGUCAAACUGCCGGCUGUCACCGCAGCCAAGGCUGCACUCGAAAAGUUCGGAGCAGAUUGGAAAGCUGCUGGAAUGGACUCCGUGGUUGAGGAGGUGGUGAACCUCAUGCAGUCGGACCCGCAAAAUGCCUUCGUGCAGGAGCGUGGCUGCGAAUCAUUGCGCUACCUCUGCACUGAUGACGAGAGCCGCGAGGCGGUCGCGGCGAAGGAUGCCAUUCCUACCAUACUGAGGUCCAUGGAGCUCAACGAGAAUGAGUCAGAAGUACAGGGCUAUUGCUGCGGAACCUUAGUCCAUUUGGCAGCUACGCCGUCGACUCGCCAGAGCAUUGUUCAAGAGAAGGGCUUGGAGGCUGUCCUGCGUGCAAUGCAUAUGCAUCCCAGCAACGCCUUUGUUCAGUUCAAAGCCUGCGCGGCUUUAGCAAAUCUCGCAGCUACUAGCCAGGAACAGUCUUUGCUGGCCACGCUGGGUGGUGGGGAGAUGGUCCUGAAGACUAUGCGGACACACGUGCACGACUUGUCCGUGCUCGAAUACUGCAUCGGAGCAUUGCACAACUUGGCCACCCACCGUGGGAAUCAGGCUUCUCUUCGAACGGCCGGAGCAGUGCGCGUGCUGAGAGAUGCCGGGCCUCGCACUUCUGAGAUAUUGUUCACAUCUGCUUGCUAG